UGGCGGCCCAGAGACGUAGGAAGUCAAGUGGCGUCGAAAAGAUAUCCGCCCAAUGGUGUAAGUAAGAGUACGGACCACCAUGACGAAGAGGUGCCGGAACAGACAACAAGCUGUAUGUCUGAAGGGGAACUGCUGCUUCAGGCUUUGAGUGGGUUUGUCCUGGUGAUCACGUCUGAGGGAAUCAUCUUUUACUGUUCUCAAAGCAUCCAGGAUUACCUUGGCUUUCAUCAGACGGAUGUGAUGCACCAGAAUGUGUUUGAGCUGAUCCACACAGAGGACCAGCAAGAGUUCAGACAGAAUCUGCACUGGGAGCACGACCCACCCAGCACUGGAUCCCCUUUGGAUGCUGUGGCAGAUGAUGAGCCGACUUCUUCCUGCUUGGUGAGCUUCAACUCUGAUGAGCUUCCACCCGAAAACUCCUCCGUCUUGGAGAGAAGCUUUGUCUGUCGCUUCCGCUGCCUACUGGACAAUUCCACCGGUUUCUUGUCAUUGAGCAUCCAGGGUCGGCUGAAAUUCCUUUGUGGUCAGAGCCACCUGCAGUACGGUAAAGAGCGCACCCCGCUACAGCUGGCUUUAUUCGCCAUUGCCACUCCCCUGCAGCCCCCAGCCAUCUUGGAAAUCAGAACAAAGAACAUGAUCUUCAGGACUAAACACAAGCUUGACUUCACUCCUAUGGCCUGUGACGCAAAGGGGAAAAUUGUACUUGGCUACACUGAAGCAGAGCUGCGUGUUCGAGGUUCGGGCUACCAGUUCAUCCAUGCUGCUGACAUGUUGUACUGUGCCGAGAACCACGUCAGAAUGAUAAAGACUGGUGAGAGCGGCCUCACCGUCUUCCGGUUGCUUACCAAGGACAACAGGUGGAAGUGGGUCCAAGCCAACGCCCGGCUUGUCUAUAAGAACGGCAAACCAGACUACAUUGUCGCUACACAGAGGCCCCUGGUGGAAGAAGAAGGAGGGGAACAUCUGAGGAAGCGCUCCAUGCAAAUUCCUUUCAACUUUGCUACAGGGGAGGCACUUCUCUACCAGACUAGUUACCCACUCUGUGGCUUUCCAGACCCUGUCCAAGGCAAAGGCAACGAGUCUAAAACGGGGAAAACGGACAAGAAGUGCUCAGAGGAUCUACACCCAAAGUCUUUGCUGGAAGUGAUGAUGAGCCAAGAUGAGUCUGUUUACUGCCAGUCAGAUGUAGAGUAUCACAAGUCCUACCAUGGCAAUGCUUUCAGUGAACAGCAAGCAACUCUAGACUCUCUAUCUCUGGAUGGAGAUGAGACCUGCUCCAACAACGAACUCUUCACUGCUUUGGAGAACCUGGGCCUGAAUGCUGAAGAAUUGGAACUUUUGCUGUUGGAUGAAGAAAUGAUCCAGGUAGAAGUGGAUCCUGGCCAUGUUUCAUCGCUCUGUGACCUGACCAAUAAUGAAAUUAUUUCCUACUUUCAUGACUCAAUGGAGGUGGAGAAUGGAGAAGAAUGCAGCAAUAUAGCCAAAUGUGACCCCUCAACCCUUCCACCAGACUCCUCCCAAAGUGCCACCCAUGAGGUGAAGGCAGACUUUGCGCCAGCAACCUCUGCUACUACGUCUUUCAGUGGGCAGAACGCCACAGCACCUUCCCAGCAAAUACAGCCCAUCAGUGAAGGUGGGCUUCAAUUUCCCUCGAGAAGUGUAGAUGCCAGCAUCCUCUCUGAGAUUCCAGACAACCACUGGAUGCUUUAUCCUGAAAAAACUCAUCAUCAUCAUCAUCAUAACAACCACGUCAACCAUUCUCUUGUCAGGAGAUCCCAGGUAAAUAUGGAGCACAAAGUCGUCUCACCUUUGGAGUCAAGUCAGCAGUUGAAGCUGAAGCAGCAGCCACUUCAACAGGGAACCGACCAGUUUUUGUCACCUGGCAUGCAGACCGAGGAAAGAACCUCCAGGCCUGAUAAACACACUUUCCUUCUGCCUGAUGCGCUUGUUGACCCUGCAGAUUGCAACAUCUCCAGCGUAUUACAUGCAAGCAGAUCCGCUCUGAUCGGCACAAACUACCAGAGUUUGGUGGACUCUGUGCAACCACACACACUGCAGGGCCAGGACUUACACAAGCAACACAGUUCUGCUUUGCUUCUGGGUUUGUCCCAGGGUCCCCCACAGAGCCCCGCGAUGAAUCUGGAGCAGUUGGUGGCGCUGGCACAGCCUUCAGUCGAGGCCUAUGGUGUGUUCAGCACCAACACACAGGCUACUCGCAGCCAGAUAGAGAAUGGCUGCCUGCUCAGCGUUGCCAACGCCACAUACAUUAGCACCUGUCUCAUGUCUAACGGUAACAGAAAGGUGGCCGCAGAGGUCCCAGUCCCAUGCCCUGAUGGACUCCUGGAGACCCAGAAGUAAGGAUGUAUCCUCUAACAAGGAAGUAUGCCAACUUUUCAAGAAGGGAUUACGAUUCUUCUGCUUCCACGGAAUCUUGGGCUGCGUCUCAAUUUGUGCACAUCCAUUGUGACUUCAUCUUCUCAGAAGAAAAAUACUCUUUACGGAAUCAGCAUCAAGUAUUGUUACUUGGUCUAGCACUUUUACAAACACACGAGUCACUACACAAAACACUGACUAAACUCUCAGUCUAAAAAAGAUCACAACACACAAAAGGUAAGUAAAAACACACAAUAACUACUGUUAUGCUCGCGAAGCCACUUGCCUUCGUGGCGGCCACAUUGGUGGGGGCAACGUUCUCAUUGAAGGCAAUGCAUGUAUAAUGAAUCAUUUUCUUAUUUAUGAAUGGUGGUUCCCAGUUUCCUUCCUUUGAUCGGAUGGCAUAAGUCUGCCACCACAUGCAGCAUAGUAUAUACCAGGGGUCACCAACGCGGUUCCCGCGGGCACCAGGUAGCCCGUAAGGACCAGAUGAGUAGCCCGCUGGCCUGUUCUAAAAAUAGCUCAAAUAGCAGCACUUACCAGUGAGCUGCCUCUAUUUUUUAAAUUGUAUUUAUUUACUAGCAAGCUGGUCUCGCUUUGCCCGACAUUUUUAAUUCUAAGAGAGACAAAACUCAAA